CGUCAGCGGGAUCGAUUAGUACGUUCUACGCUAUUCAAGAGGAAUCUGUUGUGUCAGCUUACGAGGAUCCGUUUCUAUUAUCUCGAUCCAAGCUUCUGCAACGUCUCUAACUUUAAUCGAGUGAGCAUCGUGACUGAAGAAAUCUUAAAUUCGUGCAUCGAGUUUCGUGCGAACAUAAUUUAACAAUAGCGAUAAGAAGUUGUGACUCAGAAAUCAAAAUGCCCGUCGAAUUGGAACCGAGGGCACCAGUUGCGCACAAAGCCUGUUCGCCUUGCAGCGGAGAGAGGAUGCUGUGCAAGCAGGUGUCUAUCGAGUCCCCGAGCGUGACGGGUCGCGAAUGGGUGUUCAGCUUCGACGUGCCCGUUCCGGACGUUCCAGCGAACGGUGCCCGUAUCCGAGUGAUGUGUGCAGGUGCUUGCUACCAUCCUCGACGGUCACCCAGCCUAACUAGUCUGACGUCGGUCUCCAGCGGCAGCAGCCUAGCCACGGAUAUUUCCGUAGAAGGCGACUUCCCCAUGUCCCUUCCGCACCAUGGCUAUCGGGACGCCUCUCUCUUCCCUGGUUACGAAGUCGCCGGUGUGAUCGAGUCCCUCGGGGCGAACGUGCCCGAGGACUGCGGCUACACAGUCGGCGAUCGAGUAAUUCUUUACCCAUACGAAGGCGUGCCGAAUGGAUACGUCGAAUAUCUGGUCGUACACGAUCUCAAGUACCUGAUCAAAAUUCCCGACACUAUGACCCUAAGCGUCGCCGCGAUGCUGCCCGCCGGUGCUCUGUUAGCCAUGAACACGGUGUUCGCCGCGCACGAACACGUCCAAACGUUGCUGAAACAAAGAGGCGAGAACAGUGUCUGCAAGAUUUUGAUCGUCGGAACGGGCGGCCUAGCCCUGUGGGCUCUCCGAAUCGCGGCUUACCACUUCAGCAACACGAAGGAUCGCGUUACCAUCACGAUCGCCUCGCUGAAGGAUGACGGUCUGACCAUGGCCCAGGAAGUCCAACGAGUGAACGUUGUACAAUGGAGCGAGGACUUAUACGAGAAGCAGCUGAUCGAGCGGACCAUGGACGCUUGCCAGGGCCACGUGGACAUCGUUAUCGAUUUCGGCACUACCUCCCGUAGUCUUCAUCGCAGCAUGCAGUGCCUGAGCAAAGGCGGAGUGGUCUUCGUGAUCAAAGAUGUCGCCGAUCGGCUCCUACCGAAAUUCAGCAGACGCGCAGAGGAAUGGCAGAUAUGUCUGAAGUCCGUCGAGCAGGGAAGCUUAGAGCAGCUUCGCGAAUUGGUCGAGCUGGUGGCGUCCGGUAAAAUCGAGCCUCCACCGCACACCGUUUACCCCGCCGAAGAUGCCAUCGACGUCGUACGUAAACUGUGCCACUCAGAGAUCCAAGGACGCGCGAUUUUACGCUUCUAUCCAGCGGAUUAAGAAAUUGUUCGAGUUGAAUAUCGCGUGCCGCGCGAAUCGGCAAGAAACGAGAAUUUCACGAUGAUUGGAAGCGUAGACAAGGGUUGAAUUAAUCUUAAUUGAUUAGACUUCGCAGUCUAUGUGGGUCAGAGGGUACUUAGGACACUGCUGUUUCAGACUCGUCGGGACGAAAGUUUGUUCGAUGAGGGCUCGUUAUACAUACAUAUAUAUACAUAUGUGCGAGAAGCGUUAGAUUCGUUGAACCAUUAACACGAGACGGUAUAGUUCAUUGUUGCUCGAAGCAGGAAGGAAGCAAGCCAGUUAAAUGAUACGUCACUGUGUAUCCAUCGUAGAUACAUACAUUUACAUAUUAUUAUUAUUGUGUAUCGGAAAUUAUCGGAAGUUUUCGAUCGAUUUAUAGAGAUCGUGUCGUUGUUCUAUGCGUUAUCGAUAACAAAACUCACCCCCGUUUCAGCUUCAGUUUCGAGCGUGUAAAACCUUGUUAAGUAUUUACUGUCAAUUAAAACGACUAUUACCAAGAGAAGUUCCGGACACGAAAUGCCAGUCUGCGUUGCGCGUCGACAAAUUUGAACAAACAACGGAAAUAUUCAUAGACGGUAAAUAAUAUUUAAAUACUAUGCCUCGUAGACAGCGGUAUGCAGUUUGAAGUAGGUCCGGUGAACGUUCAUUUGUGUUCUGCAAAUAAUGUAAACUUUAUAAGAAUUAUCUCAUAAGGUGCGAGAAUUAAUUUCAUCGAAUGUGUAUUAACACCGUGUUUUCGUGGGCGUUUUUGCUAAUUACCUUUAGGUAUCAGUAUUCCUUUCUCUCUUUCACACAAACAUACACAUUACAUUUAUACACACACACACACACACACAAAGACACACGCAUCGCGCAAUUUAUUGUUAGAUUAAGUGAACCGAUCGCGUGCAGCACGACACGCAAAAUGAUACGUCGUAUCUCACGUUGCAAUUAAGUCACUGUACCUUAAAAGACUGUUUUCUUUAUUUAGACGUAGCCGUUUUUCUUUUUCUUUUUUUGUAUUUUUUAAUAUAAACCUAGGCGAUAAUUUAACGGUGUAGAGACACGUUACUGUAACGUUAUUGUAUCGACUGUUCGUUGCAACAGUAACUGUAUUAUAAUAUGGUGAUAAUAUAGCCGAUACGUUUUCUAUUAAAAGUAA